AUGACAUUUCCGACUGAAGAAAAUAAAAUUUUAAAGUUUAAAAAUUACCACUUCAAAGAUACUGUACUGUUUGUUGUCUAUGCAGACCUAGAAUGUACACUUGAGCCCCAAGACAAUGAUAAUUUUGACAAACAUAUACCACAUAGUAUAGCAUUUUAUCGCUUUUGCAGUUAUAAUAACAAUUUAUCUAAAUUUGAACUCAAUCGAUCACAAACCUGCAUUGAGUGGUUUGUAAAAAAAUUAGAAUGUUUAGCAUUAGAAGUCGAAUCAUACUUGAAAAAUCCCGUUGCUAUGAAACCUCUGUCGAGACAACAAAAAGAGAGUCAUGAGCAAGCAACUGUUUGUCAUAUUUGUGAAAGAUCUAUAACUUCUGCUACAGAUAAAUGCUACGAUCACUGUCAAUUUACUGGUAAUUAUCGCGGCCCAGCUCACUUAUCUUGUAAUAUAAAUUAUAGAACAUCUCACACUAUACCAGUAGUAUUUCAUAAUUUAUCUGGUUACGAUUCCCAUUUUAUAAUAAAAUCUUUAUCAACCGUUUUCGAGGGUAAAAUUACAUUAUUACCAAUUAACAAAGAACGUUAUAUAUCUUUCACGAAAUAUGUUGAAAAUACAUCAGUUUGCUUAAGUUUUAUAGAUUCAUUCAGGUUUAUGGCAUCUAGUCUCGACAAAUUAGCAUCUAAUUUAAGUGAUUGUGAUAAACAGAUUACUCAACAACAUUACAGUGAUCGGGAAAAAUUUAAAUUAGUUACUCGAAAGGGUGUAUUCCCAUAUGAGUACGUAACUGGUAUUGACAAACUUAACGACAAACAGUUGCCCGAUCAGGACUCAUUUUAUUCCAAGUUAUCGGACGAUAGUGUAUCUGAUAAUGAUUACGCCCUUGCUCAACUAGUUUGGAAUAAAUUUGAUAUCAAGACAUUAGGCGAAUAUUCUGAUUUAUAUUUAAAGACCGAUGUCCUUCUUUUAGCGGACAUAUUCCAAAAUUUUAGACAUAAUUGUAUGGCUACCUAUAGCUUAGAUCCUUUACAUUACUAUACGGCACCGGGACUCGCUUUCGAUGCGAUGUUAAAAUAUACAAAUGUUGAACUCGAGUUAUUUACUGAUCCUGAAAUGAUGCUUUUUAGUGAAAAAGGUAUAAGGGGUGGUGUAUCUCAGUUUACAAAUAGGUAUGCAGCGGCAAAUAAUCGUUACAUGGGAUCCAGCUUUGAUCCUAAUAAAGCUGAAUCCUAUUUAAUGUAUUACGAUGUAAAUAAUUUGUAUGGUGCUGCUUUGAGUAUGCCGCUACCAAAAGGUUCAUUCGAAUGGGUUUAUCCGCCUGAAGAUCUUACUUUUGACGUCGAUAACGUAGAUCAAUUUUUGAACGACAUCAAUAGUGUUGGCUAUGUAUUAGAAGUUGAUCUACAUUAUCCUCAGGAAUUGCAUGAUUUACAUAAAGAUUUACCACUGUGUCCUAAACACUUUUCACCACCGGGUAGCAAAGUUUUAAAAUUUGAGCAGUCACCAUGGCUCAAGUCAUAUAUAGAUAAAAAUACAGAUUGCAGAAAAGCUACUAAGAAUGAGUUUGAAAAGGACUUUUAUAAAUUUAUGAAUAAUGCCGUUUUUGGUAAGACUAUGGAAAAUGUCAGAAAAUACAAAGAAAUUCAUAUAGUAACAAGAUGGACGGGUAGAUACGGUGCUGCUGACUAUAUUUGUAAGCCUAACUUCCAUAGUCUUACUAUUUUUGAUGAGAAUAUUAUAAUUGUUGAACUGAAGGCGGCAAAAGUACGCUUUGACAAACCAAUUUAUGUUGGUUUUUGUAUAUUAGAUCUAUCAAAAACUUAUAUAUAUGACUUUCAUUAUAAUUAUGUUAAACAUAAUUUUGCAAAUGAAGAAUCAAAAUUAAUGUACACUGAUACUGACAGUCUUAUAUACCAUUUUAUUGUACCAGACAUCUAUGAGAUCAUCAAACGUGAUAUCGACAAGUUUGACACCUCUGAUUAUCCACCUGAUAAUGUUUACAAUAUACCACUACUUAAUAAAAAAGUUUUAGGUCUAAUGAAGGACGAGAAUAAUGCCAAAAUUAUGACAGAAUUCACUGGACUUAGAGCAAAGUUGUAUGCUUUUAAAAUUCAUAAUGAAGAUCAGGUAAAAAAGCGAGCCAAAGGUGUCAAACGUCCGACUUUGCGAACUAUCACUUUUGAGGAUUUCAAACGAUGUUUAAAUGAUCAUAUCAGAUUUAUUUAUCCAGCUAUUGUGAGAGCUAUCAAAGCCAAGCCACUUUACAUAUAA